UGAUAUACAGGCGUGGCGUGGAAAGCGUAAGCGUGACGUGGAAGACAGGAAGAAAAAAGGAUUUCUUUAAAGCAGUGAGGUGCAGGUUUGUGUGUCCCGCAGUUGGCUGUGUUGUGAACUCGGCAGCCUAAGAAUGGUUCGUAUUUUGGCUAAUGGAGAGAUCGUGCAGGACGACGACCCUCGGGUACGCAAGCCGUCCAGUCGCCGAGAGGACCUGAACCUGCAACGUCGAGGUUUUAUCCAUCAAACAGCUGGAGGAGCUUCUGCAGAGAACGCUCGUAUGACACCCAGGGGCUCCGGGAGGUCAGCCUUCGCAGAGAUGAACCAGUUCCUGGUGAAUCUGGGCUUCCCUCGCUGGAAUAUGGGCACCCAGGUCAUCGAGCCCUUGAUGUCUGUUCUGAUCUUGCUGAUCAUUGCUGUAGUGGGCCUCCGGGGAAUUCUGCUCCUGGGACUGCUGUAUGUAGUAAUGACCCGUAGCCAGCGCUGAGCCCACAUUAUGUUGCCUCUGAUGUGGCCUGUGGAUCACCUCGUGCAUUUGCACAGAUAUUUUUUUGGGGGGGAAACCAUCAGCUGAUUAGCAGUGAAGAGUACCUGGGUUUAAACAUUUGAUCACAAAAAAAUAGAUGACCUUUGUUUGAAAUGACAUUGCUGAAGGAUUCUUGUCUUGCAAGGGCAGGACAUUUUUAAAAGGUUAGGGUUGUUUGGUAGCAAAACGAGCUUAUUAAAAUAGAAUUGGAUAUUGGGUUAAAUGUGAAUGUGACUGCCAUUCAUAGGAAGUGGCAUGUUCUUUUUAAGAAGCCAUAUCCUAUAGAGCUGCAAAAUUAAUUCUUUCUUUUUAUUAUUUUAAUGAAGGUGUGUACCCAUGCCUUAAGCUGUCCGCAGGCUGUUUUACUUUUGGGAACUGCCAUAGCAACUAAACAUGCAGUGAGGUCGCUGCUGGGAGUGUAGUGCCAUUAUUAAUAUUCAGUGUGACUAAAAGCUUCAUGGAAAGCUCAGAUUAAAUAUCUAAAAUGGUCAAAAUCAAAUGGCACCCAUUAAUGGAAAAGAACUGCAGUGUUGUUACUUUUCAACAUUUUUAGAGAUUUUAACUUUGAUAUUUUAAUUGAACUAGCUGUUAGUGGUAUGGACUAUGUAAUGUUGGUGUUGUGUGAAAGUUUUAUGUAGAUGUACAGUAUUCCUCUUAUCUUUUUGUAAGUUUAAGGUUUUAAAAAAAUAUUUGUAAUCACACAUUUGCUUAGAAAUAUUCUUUGAGGUCUUAGGAUCAUUACUGAUUAAUAAUGUGAAGGAAUCUCUGUCACUUUCUUUAAUGUGGAUUAUAAUGUGUACAAAACAUCUCAGUGAUUAGAAUUUUCAGCUUUACAGAAAUGGCUCAGGAUUUUAACUCAGGUAUGAGAUUCAAAAGAAACAUUGAAUUACAUCGAUUCUUACUAUAGAUAAGCAGUUCUACUUAUAGUAAAUUUAAAAUAUUUUACUUACCUUAUUACAAUUAUAUUGUAUGAAUU